AUGACUGAUGGAAACCACUCGAAACCAGUGAAGCUUUCCAGCGGCGAAGAACGAGUUCUUUAUGCCUCAAGCGACAAAGCCGCACCACAGAUUUUCCUUUCCCAUCAUCGAGACUCUUCGCCAAAGCAGUCGCCGUCCAAAGAGGCAGCCAAGUUAGCGGAACUAGAAAUAGGACAUUUCGAAACUCCUAGUCUCGCUGGAUGGUUUGGAAAUAUGACUCUUAAUCCAAAGCCAGGUGCGAACACGAAAUGA